AUGCCUUCAUACCAGGCAUCAGAGGACAUUUUCUUCGACCAUGAUCCGGAAAUCGAAUACCACCAAGAUUAUCAAGACGGCAUAUUGUCCCCUUAUGCGCGCGUCGGCUUUGUAUUACCUUUCUUACUUUGUCUCAUACCAUUCAUAUACCAAAUCCUCGUAGUCCUCGAUUACAACGUUCUCAGCCUCCCAGAGCUGGUCUGGAAUAUUCUCGUCUAUAUAACACCUACGCGACUUCUCGAUGCGAUUGACGAUUAUCAGAAUCCUUUGAGGGUACGGAAUCCCGCUUUAACGGACAUACCUCGAACUCAUGCGGCGAAAAGCGAAGCUAUGCGACGAAUACUUGGGCUGGAUACACCGGGUGGCGUGAUAGCAUCUGUAGCAUCGGCGUCGAGGAGGCGCCUGUCGAUCCUGCCUGGUGUAAAAUUGCUGACGGCGAGUAAUGAUGGAGGGCCAGCGGGUCUAGGGAAUUGGGAUAACUCUUGUUAUCAAAACAGUGUCCUCCAAGGGCUGGCGUCGCUGGAACCGAUAACAGAGUAUCUCACCAAUUCGAAUGUCGAUACCGAGUCCGAGACUGGGCUAGCCGUACCCGAGACGAAGAUGGCAGAAGCGCUGAAGGGCCUCAUAGCGACAUUGAAUGACCCUAACAGUAAUCGCAAGACGAUAUGGACUCCUGCGACACUGAAAAACAUGAGCAGUUGGCAGCAGCAGGAUGCCCAGGAAUACUUUUCAAAAAUACUAGAUGAAAUCGACAAGGAAAUGGGCAGUGUCGCCAGAGCGGUACGAAAGAACAGGGGAUUCGAGUCGGAUGACGCCAACAGCUCCAGUACUUCUGGUGGAAGUGACUCUGAAGUCUCGUCAGCGAACAUAUACCGUAACCCACUGGAAGGUUUAAUGGCGCAAAGGGUCGGAUGUAUCACAUGCGGCUACUCUGAGGGCUUACAGAUGGUGCCAUUCAACUGUCUCACUGUUCCGUUGACAAAGGCCUGGAGCCAGAGUAUUAACGACUGUCUUGACGAAGUCACAAAGCUGGAGCACAUUCCAGGUGUUGAAUGUGGAAAGUGUACCUUAUUGAAAUCGAAGCACUUGUUGUCAAUGGUCUCGGAGCGUAAUAAGGACGACGAGGCUGCUCAUGCGCGCACUGUAGAAAGGCUGGCAGUCGUCGAAGAAGCCCUUGAAAUCGAUGAUUACGAGGACAAAACGCUCAUUCAAAAGUGUAAGAUUCCAGCCAAAAGUCGUGUCACCUCAACGAAGACAAGACAAGCCGUCAUUGCUAGGCCACCGCGAUCACUGGUCGUCCACUUUAACCGUAGCGUGUUUGAUGAGAUGACUGGAGAGCUUCGCAAGAAUCACGCUGAAGUUCGAUUUCCAAUGAGAUUAGAUCUAGGUCCGUGGUGCCUAGGUAGUGGAUCAUCAUCAUUAGAAGAAUGGCAACUCGACCCUGAGAAGCCCAUGGUAGCGAGCAGUAUCCAGCCGUCAAGGAUAAGAGGUCCUAUAUAUGAGUUGCGGGCUGUUGUGACGCACUAUGGCCGUCACGAAAACGGGCACUACAUAUGCUACAAAAAGCAUCCUGUCGUCAAUGGGGAUCCAGAAUCCGACGAGGCCUUACUAGACGAAGACAAAAAACCACAAGAACAAUGGUGGCGGCUCAGCGACGACGAUGUGAUGAAAUCAAGCGAACACAAUGUCCUCGGCCAAGGAGGCGUUUUCAUGCUUUUCUACGAUUGCAUUGAACCCUGUUCCAUAAUCGAACCUACGACGACAAAUCCUGAUCCUCUCACCAACUCACAGCCCGAACACGAAUUUCACGGCCCGGUACUCGAAGCCUUCGCCUCACCACUCCCUCCAGACCCUCCAUCUUCCCUCCUUCUAAACUCCAAGGAAGCACCCGCAGCCGCUGAAAUCGCUCUCCCAGCCCUCGACGACAGCGAUCUCUCCGAUUACCACGAAGGCAGUACCAGUGUCUCCGACGACGAAGAACACGAAGUCUCAAACGACGAGACUUCAUAUAAACCUACGCAACCAAUUGUCGUUUCACCGAAUUUGUGGCCUAAAAUGUGUACGGUGUUUAAUGGGAGGGCUGUUUUUGGGCAUAGCGAUGGUGUUUCUGGAUCUUGGGUGGUAUUUGUUUGGGAUUUUUUGGGAUGGUGUAUUGUAAUAUGA